AUAUCGUAAUAGCAGAAGCAAAGCUUUCGGAGAGCUGAACGGUGGGGCAGUAACUGGCAAGAGUAAAUGCAAAGGAGGAACGGAGCCAACCACAGAUAGGAGCAAAAAGAAAAAAAAUUGAUUUUGGGCAGAUAUGGAAAGCAGAUCCAUACGUCUGCUUCAGCUUCUGCUUUUAUUUGCAUUCAUUCACCUCAUCAUCUCCUCCACCGCUGAUGAUUCUUCAUCGAGGAUAAGAAGAGUUAUGAAAGGAGUAAAAGAGACGCGAUUUCACAAAGAAACAGUUCAGGUCAGUAGUGAAUUAAAAGCAGACGAAGAGAAAGUCAGCAUAAAUGACAGGGUAUUAGAUAUCGAAGACUACCCAGGAUCUGGAGCAAAUAAUCGCCAUAGUCCGCCUACAGAUGGGAACUAGAAGAUCCAUAUUUGGCCUGCUGAGAUGCUGAGAAGGAUAGAACUGUAAAAAGUGGCUUUCAGAGGACCUUAGAGAAAAAGUGAAGCUAUGCUGUUGUUCUGUGUUUUGGUUUUCUAGAAAUAUAGAGCUCAGUGUUACUUGGAUUGUGUCUUGAAUUUCAAUUUAUGAUGAAAAUUUGGGACUGUCAAUGAAGUUCAUAAAAUUUGCUGAAGAUUGACUUUUUGCAUUAAUCG